ACAACGAGACUCAUCUAAAAGAUUCUCCAACCUGAGACUGCCCAACACUAGAGACCCAACUGACUGUAAUGGAGACCCAGCAGCUUUUGGAGAACUUCUUUCGAAAGAGGACCUUGGCUCUGUGCUUCCUUCUCAUGACCCUUUUGGCUCAGGGAGAAGGGGCUUCCAUCAAACCUUCCUGCAAACUUAAAAAGUCCUCCUUUCAGGGUAAUUUCAUUAGCAAUCAAACCAUCUCGCUGGCACGCAUGGCCAGUUUGUCCGAUAAUGAUACCAGCACUCGACUCCUUGAGCAUUCUAUGUUCAAGCAUGUGGAGGACACAAAUCGCUGUUAUUUGAUGAAGGAGAUCCUGAACUUGGUCUUGAAGGAAGUGUCACCUUCUUACCCGCAAAAAUUCGAGCAAUACCUGCGAGAUGUGUGGCCCUACCUGCAUAACAUAAGAAACAGGCUGGGCGGCUGUGCUUUGAAGGGUAAUGGCAGUGAUGUCCAGAGACAAAUUGAUAACAUGAAGUGCAAACUAAAACAGUUGGGAAAGAAUGGAGUGAUAAAAAUAAUUAGUGAGCUGGAUUUGCUGUUACUGUUGCUACAAAACCACUGUGCUUAUUAAAGCUCUCGACAAAAUAAGAAGAAUAGAAAAAGGAAAUCCGAAGCUUCAGAAGAUCAGAUGGGAAGUUAGAAU